AUGGCCACUACCCCGGCGACGCGCCUCACAUUCAUAGCCGCCAUCGCCACCCUCCGCGAGCCCUUUGACCGCGUCCUCGCCGACCUCUCAACCGACUGCGUCGUCACAGACGUGUUACUCCCGUGGACUGUCGACAUUUCCGUCGAGCGUGGAAUUCCUAGGCUCUCCUUCCAAGGGACAAGUGCCUUUGCCAAUUGCGCCUUUGAUGUUCUUGGAAAGCUCAAUUCCCUCCAAACACUCCCGCCGGAGGCGGAGGAUUUCUUCCUUACCGGUCUCCCUCACAAAAUCAAGCUGUUCAAGUCCAAAAUUGACUCGUCAGUUGACACCGAUCCUAAAAAGGCCAGUAUGUUUGCCUCGAUUAAAGACCCCGAGCAUAAGAGUUACGGCUCAAUGCUCAACAGGUUCUAUGAGCUCGAGUCCAAGUACAUCAACCACUAUCGAAACGUCAUCGGGCGAAAAGCUUGGCAUAUCUCGGAUCCUCAGAUUCUUCAGAUGGCAUUGGGCCUCGAUUUAUAA